CCCAAAAGCCAGGCCGAGCCAGGCCGCCGAGGUUGGCGAGAGGCGGAUACCGACACCGAUGGUGCAUAUCCAGCAGCAUUGCGUUGCCGAGACCCCCGUCGUUGUUGGGAGCCUGCCUGGAUCUCGAUGGCCAGCCAGGGUCGUCCCUCAGGGGCCAGCCGGGCAGCCGCUGGAAGCAGAUCCCAGGGUCCGGCUUCCCACGAAACAUCGGCAGACGAUAUAAUCGGGUGCGGGGCAGAUGCGGUAUCGCCGAGAGUCCAUCGGCAAGAUGGAUCGCUACAUACAUUCGAUUGUGGUCGCUGCGUUGUGUAUCUCGCUUUCGCUUCGCGGCAUUCGGGCCGAUGAUGCCACCGGAUAUGACAAGUGCAUAUGCUACUGCUGCAUCGAUGCCACAAACUCGGUGCAAGCAACGUCGGCAAAGAAGUGCGAUUUCAAGAACCUGCCUUCGGUGGGAGCGAUUACGAUGUCGGCAUCGGCGUCUGCCGAUACAUGCAACCAAGCAGCGUGCUAUGGAUCCUUUCCAUUGUCCUGCCCUGUUCCGCCGAAUCUGACUGGGUUUCGGGCGACAUGCAACAGCUGCGCGACCUCGUCCAAUCCCCACGUCUCCCAGACACCCGGAAGCCCGGGGGCCGUGGGCAGCAGCGACAUUACCGCAAGUACCGGCAACGCCAGCAUCGUCAACAACCCAUCGAUUCAACAAGCAUCCCUGAGCGGCGGUCGAGGCCGCAACCACCAAAGAUCAAAGCUGGCCGCCUUUGCCCUCGUGCUCGCUCUGAUCCUGUUUACGACGGGGAUACUGAUGUAGCCCGGAGUGCCGCCGUCCGAUGCGGACAGUCGUUCCUGGUCGGCGAUGGCCCAUCGAUCCCAUGUGCAUGAAUGUCAGCUCAUCCAGCGACCGAAUUGCCGAUGCUCAAAUAGGCUGGCUGGACCAGAGCGGGACGACCUUGCUGUGCGCUGGCGUCGCAUAUGCAACUCCUCGAGUCGGCAUGCCUUGAUAUCUGGUGGGUCGUGUAGUUGCGCACGAUGAGAAGCGAGGACGAGCGGCCAUAGACUGCUGCGGAUCUACCCGCGCGACGGCCGGGUAUCGACAUGUGGACCAACGAGC